AUGUUCGAAAUCGAGGAACAAGAGACUGUCCACUACUAUGCCCCGGUAAACGACGGUGUCCGGGUUGCGGAAAUUUACGAGGACAUUUUUGAAAAGCACCCGUCCGUCUCGCUGGUCAUCCACAUCCUCCCGUUCAAGGAUUCAAUCGAAUACAAAUUUGCCGACUUGGAUCGUGAAAUGGUGCUCGGCAACGUGGCCCAGUGGAUUGGACGGGAGGCUCUGAAGAGCUCUGGUCUCGGAAAGGCUGCUGCUAUGUCCGAGGUAUCCCAUGAUCUGACGGUCAAACGCAUCGUCGACUCAAACAAUGACAAGGAUAAUGCCGAGACGCAGAUUCCUCGCUUCAAUCAAGCACUCGUUAGCCAAUCUGGCCAAUUGCUUCACGAUCUCACAAAAGAAAAAAAUGGUACCCUGGCUGAUGUGGACACGGCGACCUUGUCUUUUGACGGCUUCCCAUUGAACGUCUCCAAGUUUUCA